ACUGUUCGUUUCCUUCCGGUAAAAUACGUCAACGCCAAAUCUGUCCAAUUUUCUAAUAAACGCUAAUUUCACAAUCGCAAUAUUAUUAAUUUACCUGUAUAACGUUAUCAUCUGGCCUGAAAGCUCUCCCUAUACUAAAUUUCAUCAUGCCACGCGGUAAAUAUACUAACCACAAAGGCCGUAAUCGUAAGUUUACCAGCCCCGAAGAAUUAGAAGAACAGCGUAAACAAGAAGAGCUUAAGCAAAAAUGGAGAAAAGAACAUCAAGAAAGUUCAAGUGAAGAGGAAUCUGGUGAUAACAAGUCGGGAUCUGGCAGUAGUGAAGAAAGUGACUCCGAUGAUGAUCAUCCUACUAAAGCAAAGGGUGUUUCCGGUCUUAUUGAAGUAGAAAAUCCUAACCGAGUAGUGAAAAAAAACAAAAAAUUAUCUAAUCUGAACAAUUUAGGUGAAGGGGAAAAAGCUCCGCUAUCUAGACGGGAACGUGAAGAAAUAGAAAGGCAACGCGCAGCGGCCGCCUAUCAGAAAGCGCACGCGGAGGGAAAGACGGAUCAGGCGCGUGCAGAUCUCGCUCGCCUCGCCAUCAUACGACAGCAGAGGGAAGAAGCGGCUAAGAGGAGGGAAGCUGAGAAGAAAGCUAAGGAAGAGACAACCAAGAAAAGGUAGGCUAAUGUUAAAUAUCCUAAAAGUACAGUGAAAUACAACUAUAUGAAAUGUUACAAAAUCCUUACUAAUAUUAUCGAUGUAAACAUAACACUGUCUGUGUGUUACGCUUUCAUGCUUAACCAUUGACCCAAUUUAUAAUUAAAUUUGG